AAAACAAAUCUCUUGACAAGAGAGACGUACUUAAUUUUUUUUUUGUUCAUUUGAUUUAUUUAAGAUUGAUAAUGGCUUAUCAGUGCAGAGGUUCAAUUAAAAAUUUACUGACCGCACUUAUUGUACUUUCGAAUUUUAUUUUCACAAUUCAGCAAGAUUCUUGCUCACUGCCUGAUGGAAAACGAAUAUCAACAUGUAUUAGAUUGCAUUAUUGUGACUCCUUUCAAGCUUUGAUAAAGCAGCACAGUGGAAGACCACCACAAGAUGUUGUUCGAAAUAUAAACUCACAUGUUUGUGCAGCUGGUGGUUUUGUAUGCUGUCCAGAUAAUGCAAAAUCAGCACCAGUCACAACAACAACAGUUGCUCCCGUAGUAGUGACAUCAGGAAAAGAUUCAAAUUUGCCAAGAAGUCCAUCAGAUUUAAACUCAGUCAGAAAUCAUCCAAAUUUUAAUUUAAUUAAUGAUAAAACUUGCGGAGUGUCGACAACAAAUAGGAUUGUUGGAGGUAUCGAUGCUGAUCUAAAAGAAUUCCCAUGGGCUGUUUUACUUGGAUAUCAACUUCUUGACACGUUUGAAUGGGGAUGCGGUGGAAGCUUGAUAAGUAGUCGAUUUGUUUUGACUGCUGCUCACUGCAUUACUAAUGAUCUGAAUGCAGUUCGACUUGGUGAGCACACAAUAUCAAAAUCAACAGACUGUGAUACACUUGGAGCUUGCGCUGAUCCUGUUCAGGAUAUUAAAAUUGAGAAAAAGAUAAAACAUCCUGACUACAAGAGAUCAGCUGGACAGAAAAAUGACAUUGCUGUUUUAAAAUUGGUUUCACCUGCUGAUACCACGAAGAAUAAUGUAAAGACUAUUUGUCUUCCUACAACUGAUGCAACGGAUAUUGAUAGAGUUAAGUCUAUGAGGACACCACUUAUUAUUACAGGAUGGGGAAAAGUUGGAAGUGGAAAUCAAGCUGACAUUCUUCAAAAAGCUUAUGUUCCUUACGUCGAAAACAGUGACUGCGUUAGUAGAUUUGCACCUUACAAAAUUGAUAUUUUCCACACAUAUAUAUGCGCUGGUGGACAUAACAAGACGGAUACUUGCAAAGGUGACUCAGGUAAGGUUAACAAAGCCUUAAAAACCUUCUUCAAAAUUAAAGCAACCUAAUUUCAGGCGGAGGAAUCUCAGGAUAUGUAGCAUCAGGAGGAAAAGCUAAAAUUUAUCUUUACGGAGUUGUUUCUGGAGGAAUCAAAUGCGAAGAUCCAAAGUUAAUAUUUCCAGGUAUCUACACGAAUGUUAAAUACUACUUGAAUUGGAUAUUGGACAACAUGAAUUGAUAUGGAUUAUAAAUCAUUGGCUGAGUGACUUUAUUUAUUGGGCUAUUGUUGGAUUUUAUUUGAGUCUUGUAAGUUUGAAUUUGAUAUAAAUGAAAUAAAAUGAGAAGUUGAGACUCAAGUUGGAAGAAGUUG